AUGAUCCUGAGUCUCAUCUUCGAGAUUCAGAUUAGGUCGCAUCAUGUCGUACAAAAUCCAAGCUCGUAUACUCCUUCGCAACAACCAUACAACGUCCAGCAGCUUCAAGUUCCUCAAGUCUAUCACCCGCAUCAACCAGUCGUUACUCAAGCCCAAUACCUUCCCCACACUUCUGUUUCCCUCGCCUCGGGCUCUACUCCUAUCAGCCCCUUGCCAGUAAACAUAUCAAAUGCGCAAUACAUGUGCAGCUCUUGCGGCCAGACAUUCACCCGUUCCGACUCUUUCCACCGUCACGCCAGGACAUUUCACGAAGCCAGCGUGUACAGUUGUCGAUGCGGAAAGACGUUUAGUCGCGAGGACUCACGCAAACGCCACUGGAAGAGUCACCCUGAUCACGCGACUCACUAA